GUUCCUCUCCUCCUUCCUCCUCUCCGGUGAUGAACCGUACAUAUUAAUAUUGUGUGGGUGCGGGUUGUCGUCGGCAGCGAGAGAACUUCCCUCUCUCCGAAGAAGAGCGCUUCGGGAAUGCAGGAAACGGCGCCAGCCAGGAUUCUUCCUUGGCUGGAAAGCGAGAAAAAGGACAAGGAGACGCCAUGGCCCCUCUCUCGUCUCUUACAAUGCCGAUGCUUCCAUCCCUUCCCUCCUUUAAAUCUCCCCGCCUUCGAGUUCGGAGAUGCUCCAAGAACCCUAGUUCUCGGCUUCUUUUCGGGUUUCUUGUCUUCUCCAGGUUCUUGCCGAUUCCCUGGCUGAAAGAUCGGACUAGUGCAUUCGCCGGAGGCGCGGAAACCCUGGGGAUCGAGGGAUUUCUUGGAGAAAAUGAUUUGAUUUCGAGACAUUUUGUGGUUGUUGAGAUUUGCUGGAGCUGAGUUCUUGCUGCGGAAACCCUCGGAAUUGAGAUGUUUUGUGGAGGAAACGCUGUAGUUAUUGAGAUACGACAAACCCUUGUUUGAGGUUAUUGCUUGGUUGUCUUUGUGAAAUUGCAGUCGUUGGUAUGUGCUGCUUGUGAGGCCGCAAUCAGAGCGGAAAAGAUAUGCAUUUUAUUCUAGGAAAAGAAUGAAUACUUCAGUCCAUACAAGAUGAAAUGAAAAAUCUACAUAAAUAGAGAGGUGCAGAGAAAGGAGGAAAAGAGGAGGAGAAAUGGUAGGGAUCGUAGCACACUUCCAAGGCUAUAUGACGAGACCCCAACCCUCUCUUCUGGUUUGCUGCAGAGAUAUUUCAUGACUUGCACGAAGAAGUGAUGGCCACGGCUGCUAGAGGGCAUGGACUGAUGCUUCGUGUCCAGCAGCUAGAGGCAGAAUUUCCAUCAAUCGAGAAGACCUUCUUCACUCAGACAAAUAAUUCAAGUUUCCCUUGCAAUGAUGGCAUUGACUGGCAUGCUAAUAUUCAAAUGGAUCAGAAUCUAAUCACGCAAGGAGAUAUGCCUCGUUUUAUCGUGGAUUCUUAUGAAGAGUGUCGUGGUCCACCUCAUUUAUUUACACUGGACAAGUUUGAUGUUGCUGGCGCCGGUGCAUGUUUAAAAAGAUAUUCUGAUCCCUCUUUCUUUAAGGUGGUGUUAGCCUCCUCUGGAAUGCUGGAAACAGAGCUCCCAAGAGAAAAGAAAGCUCGUAAGACCAAGAUUCCUGAGACUUCAAAAGCUCAUAGAGAUGAUGAUGAUGGAGCUGAAUCCCGUCCUUGAUACCUUCUAGACUUGUAUAUGUUUCUUAUUUUGCAAAGUACAUUGUAAUUCUAAGAUAUGACAAUUUAAAUAUUUUGAAUGAUUUGAAUGUUUGUCUCAAUAUAAAUGUAA